AUGAUUGGUAUAAUAAUUCGUAUAUUAUCAUUGAUAUUUCUGCUUAUAUUUGCUUAUCCGUUAACAUUAUUAUUACAUCCAUGGUGGAUAUUAAUGCAACCAUUAGGUGCAUAUGAUAUUUUUUCAAAUAUGGUUAAUGAAUUAACAGUUAUAAUGCAUUUACCUGAAAAUCUUUCCUUAUCAAUACAAACUGGUCAAUGGUGGUGGCGAUUAUAA